AUGACCUUAUCUUAUCUAUCAGAAUUCCCGACUUCUAGUGGCAUUGGCAUAGCCGUUUUCUGCUUGCUGUCAUCCUGGUGGCUCGGCACAACCUUUCUAGCAUGGUAUCGUCUCCGACACGUCCCAGGCCCCUGGUUUGCAGGACUGAGCUACAUCUGGAACGGUUGGAUUGCCUACAGUGGUAAACAGCACCAUGUAUUCGUUGCUCUCGAUGAAAAAUACGGCUCGUUGGUGCGAAUUGGCCCGGAGGUCCUGCUCACUUCAGAUGUUGAGCUCGUCAAGCGCAUGUCGGCGACAAAGAGCUCAUAUGGCAAAUCCUCUUGGGUCGACGGUGUUCGGUUCAAUCCGUACCACGAAACUAUGUUUGCAGUGAGAGAUCCUCGCCAACAUGAUCGCGCGAAAGCAAGGGUGGCCCCUGCGUAUAGUGGUCGCGAUACGCCGAAUCUCGAGGGUGCUGUAGACCAGCAGAUCAACAGCCUCAUAUCCUUGAUUCGUCGCAAAUAUCUCUCGGAGCCCGCAUCUGGUUUAAUCCGUACACUGCCCCUCCUCAACGUCUUGUCGUAUUUCACCCUCGACGUCAUUUCCAAAGUGGCGCUCGGGACGGAGUUUGGUUGCUGCACUUCUGACUCGGACCCGUACAGGUUCUAUGAGGGGUUGGAUGAGCAUAUGCCUUUGAUGGCGCUGACAAGUGAUGUACCGUGGAUCCGAGCUGUGAUGUACUCGACUACGUUUCUCAAGUAUUUUGGGCCACGCGAGACUGAUACUCAUGGAAUUGGCCCGCUGAUGAAAGUUACGAAUGACAACGUCCGACAACGCUAUAGUCAAGACCAGACAGAGAAGACAGAUAUGUUGAGCUCGUUCAAAGUCCAUGGUCUAUCCGAGGGUAAUGCCCAGUCCGAGACGCUUUUCAUGUUCGUCGCGGGAUCCGAUACCACUGCAGCGGCUAUCCGAGUCACUCUAUUCUACCUCAUGUCGUGUCCUCGCGUCUAUCGGAAGCUGAAGGAAGAGAUUCGAGGCGCUGUUCGUGAGGGAAGGGCUUCAAGUCCAGUUACUGCUGCUCAGGCACGCGAGCUACCUUAUCUCCAAGCAGUUAUAUAUGAAGGUCUCCGUAUGCGGCCAGUGACAACUGGACAGCAAGCGAAAGAGGUACCAGCUGGCGGCGACACCAUCAACGGGUACUUCAUUCCCGGUGGCACAUCCAUCGCCAUCAACUUCUCGGCUAUCUUAGGUUCCAAAGCCCUCUUCGGCCCAGACGCCGAUGUCUUUCGACCAGAACGCUUCAUUGGUCUUUCAGCCUCCAAUCUCGCCGAGAUGCGUCGCAACGUCGAAAUGAACUUUGGUCACGGCCGAUGGAUGUGUGCUGGAAAGCCGCUGGCGUUUAUGGAGCUGCAAAAAGUGUACUUCGAGUUGCUGCGGGCAUUCGAUUUUCAGCUUACCGAGCCUCUCAGUCCGAUGCGAUCUGAGAGUUACGCUUUGUUCCGCGAUUUUGGAUUGAAAGUGCGUGCUACAGUGGCAGAAGACAUGGAAUAG